AUGGAGGAACCGCCUGGUCAGAAACUUUCGAUCCACAAGGUGCCGGAGGAUUACAAGAAGGACAUCGCGGUCGAUUUCCUUGAAGGGGAUGCACAUAACUGGUGGGUCUCAGUGGAAAAGCGCUCGGGAGGUAUAGACACUUUUGCCGAGUUUGAGGAGGAGUUCAACCAGAAGUACUUUCCCUCAGAAGCUUGGGAUAGACUUGAACAGCAAUUCUUGGAUUUAACACAAGGAAACCGGACUGUCCGAGAGUACAAGGUGGAAUUCACCCGUCUUCGAUGGUGUGUUGGAGGGGAAUUGAUGAAGGAGGAUACACAGAUCCGUAUUGAGGAAGAAAAUAAGGAAAGAGCCCCAACACGUCCCAACCUGGUGAGUAAGAUCGUGGAUAACAGGAAACGGAAAUGGGAUCAGGUCAGUGAAGGCGGUCAAGCCUCGGCUAAACAAGGGGAAUGUGCGACUUGCGGAAAGAAGCACGGGGGUACAUGCUGGAAAAUGGAUGGAGCAUGUGCCAAGUGCGGAAGCAAGAACCACACGGUUCAAAGCUGUCCACGGAUUGAGCAAGGGCAGCUCAGGGUUAAAAAUGAGGAAAGAUCCUGUUUCUAUUGCGGGAAGGCCGGACAUUUCAAGAAAGAAUGUCCUAAGCUGCAAGCUGAAAUACGGAUGGAACAAAGGGGAAACCGUAGCGGGGACACACAGCAAGUUAAGAGACAGGCUGUGGCACCCCGGGUUUAG